CAGGGAGGCCUGGCGUGCUGCAUUCUGUGGGGUCGCAAAGAGUCGGACAUGGCUGUGCAGCUGAGCUAACUGACUGAAUGGCAAGAUGAGGACGAUCUGUGUCGACCUGUGGUUUUCUGCUUCCCCUUUGACCCCACUUCAGUCAGCAUCUGCCCCCGUUGCUCCUGUCGGACUCCCUCAACUCCGGUACAUCACUUGUGCUGAAUACACUCACUUCUAUGGUGGCAAGAAGCCAGAUGUCCCACAAACAAAUUUUCGUCGUCUGCCUUUCGACCACUGCAGGAACAUCGUUCCUUGGCUUAAGAAGUACGGGACCAACCCCAGCAACGGAGAGAAACUGGAUGGGAGGUCCCUGAUCAAGUUGAACUUUGCGAAGAACAGUGAAGGGAAGUACCACUGCCCGGUGCUCUUCACCGUGUUCACCAACAGCAGCCACAUCGUGGCCAUCAGGACCACCGGCAACGUCUAUGCCCACGAGGCGGUGGAGCAGCUGAAUAUCAAGGCCAAGAACUUCCGAGACCUGCUGACGGACGAGCCCUUCUGCCGACAGGACAUCAUCACCCUGCAGGACCCCACGAACUUGGACAAAUUCAACGUUUCCAAUUUCUUUCACGUUAAGAAUAACGUGAAAAUAAUUGACCCAGAUGAAGAGAAGGCCAAGCAGGACCCGUCUUACUAUUUGAAAAACACAAACACGGAGACACGGGAGACGCUGCAGGAGCUCUACAAGGAGUUCAAAGGGGACGAGAUGCUGGCGGCCACCAUGAGGGUCCCCGAGAAGGCGAAGGUGGACAAGCUGAACGCCGCCCACUACUCCACCGGGAGGGUCAGCGCCUCCUUCACGUCCACCGCCAUGGUUCCCGAGACCACACACGAAGCAGCCGCCAUCGACGAGGACGAGCUGCGCUACCAGUUCGUGAAGAAGAAGGGCUACGUGCGGCUGCACACCAGCCUGGGCGACCUCAACCUGGAGCUGCACUGCGAUCUGACGCCGAAAACCUGUGAGAACUUCAUCAGGCUCUGCAAGAAGCGAUACUACGACGGCACCGUCUUCCACCGGUCCAUCCGCAACUUCGUGAUCCAGGGAGGCGACCCAACGGGCACUGGCACAGGUGGGGAGUCAUGCUGGGGGAAGCCCUUCAGAGACGAGUUCCGGCCCAACCUCUCGCACACGGGCCGCGGGGUGCUCAGCAUGGCUAACUCGGGGCCCAACACCAACAAGUCUCAAUUCUUCAUCACUUUCCGCUCCUGUGCGUACCUGGACAAGAAGCACACCAUCUUCGGGCGUGUUGUUGGGGGCUUUGACACAUUGACGGCCAUGGAGAAUGUGGAGAGUGACCCCAAAACUGACCGCCCUAAGGAGGAGAUCCGGAUUGACUCUACCAUCGUGUUCGUGGAUCCCUACGAAGAGGCCGAUGCUCAGAUCGCUGAGGAGCGCAGGAAGACACGGCUGGAGGCAGCGGCCCCCGAGAGCAUGGCCAAGAGUAGCCAGCCCCCGCAGGGGAGCCAGGGUCCCCAGACAUACCGCCAGGGGGUGGGCAAGUACAUCAGCCCGGCAGUCACGAAGCGGGUAGCAGAGGAGGAGCCGUCCACCAGCGCAGCUGUCCCUGUGGCCAAGAAGAAGCCCAGCCGCGGCUUCGGGGAUUUCAGCUCGUGGUAGCAGCCGGCCGCUGUGCUGGAUCCAGUAGGGACUUGGGGCUGGGUGUGCGAAGCUGACCAUCCGCCCUUCAAUAAAGCUCUGGCUGCUGCCCGAGUCCUCUCCUGGCUCCCUCCCUGGGCAGGUGGCUUGGCCCGGCCGUCUCUGCAUCUCGGGCUUCCGGGGAGGAAGGGCUGUCUUCUGAUCCCCAUGCCCCCUACUGGUCACCUCAGGGUGGCCGGUCCACUUGGUGUGGUCCUCCAGCCAGUGGUCACCUGGGACCUCAGACCAGACCUUUUGACUCGGCGGGGUAGAGCCUCGAUGUUCCGUCCAAAAGCCUUUUCUGCCUCUUGCUUGGGUUCACUGGGCCCACCCAGGCCCAGGGCUGCUCCCUCUUCUGUCAGGACAGGGGGCUCCUGCUGUCCUGUCCGGGGCUGAGCAGGGCCCUACCCUGGGGACCCGGCCUUGUGCUCACACUGACCGGUGCCCUGCGCAGGGGGUCAUCUCCCAGCUGAGGAGCCGCAGAGCCCGUCCUUCCCACGUCACCCCCUGCAGCCCUCCCCCUGGACACGCCCCCUCGGCUUCCAGAAGCACCUCAGACGCUCAGGACAGCCGCCUCCCAGGACCACGUCCGCUCUCACUGGGAGGCCCACAGCCUCCCUGCAGCCCUCGCCCACUCCCAGCGCUGAGCUCCCGGGUCAGCACGGCUGCCCCCUGCCAGGCUCUGUGCCCACUUCUGUCCGGUCUCUCCUCACCCGAAGCCUCACGGCAGCGAGUGCACCUGGCUCGCUUCCAGAAGGUACUUGUGGAUCUUCCCAUCUCUGCUGCUGGGCCCGGGCCCACAGGUCCACACACACGGUGGCACCUCCCCCGCUAGAAGCCCACUGGGACUCCUCUGAGGCCUGCAACUGUCCGCGGGACCUGGGCUCCACAGGGACUAUCCAGCCCCACGCCUGCGGCCAGGCCGCCCUCCCCCGUGUCUUCAGGACCUGGCGCCAGCUCCUCCUCGGCUGGGAACUGCUGGGCAACUCACUCAGUCCUUGGGAGCCGGGGUCAUGGGUAGGAGGUGUGCAGGGCGCUCGCCUGAGGCUCCUGGAAAGGGGCACCCCGCCCGCAUCAGCUCUCAAGAAGGGAGGCCGCCGCGGGCCCCUCACUGCCCUGCCAGACCCCCAGACCAUCGAUGCUGCUGACCAGGAGGCAGCGAACGUUGCAAGCUUUAUUUUGGAAGCUCACGCAGACAGAGCAUGGAGGGCCGGACACGGGCGGUCCUGCUUGGGGAGCACGCCUUUGGGCUGGCCUGGGCUUCUGUCUGUCCGUCCGUCCAUCCAGCGGCCGGGGCCACCUGCCCUGACGGAAGGCCAGCCACCCCGGGCUGCGGACCCACAGCUCCACAGAGGGGGCAGGCCCGCCAGAGCCCCUGAUGAGGGAGGCCUUACAUCUGAGCUGCAACUGUGCUUUUCUAGAUGUUAAAAACAUUGUGUAAGUCCCUGCUGAGGGCAUCAGGUAAAGUAAAGGCCUUACGAAACA